CUGACCGGAGGCUACUUAAGGCAGAGGGGCGGCGGCAGGCAGCAGCUGCGCUAGGACUGCUCUGGGAGGAGUGGACGGGGCAAAACUCCUGACCAUGAUCCCCGACGGGCUGCUGCCGCCGCUGCUGUUGCUAACUCUGCUGCUCUCUGCCUGCCCAGGAGGCGCCUUGGCACGGUGCCCAGGCUGUGGGCAGGGGGUGCAGGCGGGCUGUCAGGAGGGCUGCGUGGAGGAGGAGGAUGGGGGGCUGCCGCCGGCCGAGAGUUGUGCAGAAGCCAAGGGCUGUGAGAGGAGAGAAGGGCAGCAGUGCGGGGUCUACACCCCGUUCUGCGCCCCAGGACUGCAGUGCCGGCCGCCCGAGGGCCAGGAGGAGCCUUUGCGGGCGCUGCUGAUGGGCCGCGGCCGCUGUCGCCCGGCCCGAGCGCCCACGGAGGAGACUCUGAAGGAGAAUAAACCCCAUGGAAGUGCCACUCGCCCCCAGGAUGUGAACCGCAGAGACCAACAGAAGAAUCCAGGAACCUCUACUACUCCGGCCAGGCCGAAUGCUGGGGCUGUCCAAGACACUGAGAUGGGCCCCUGCCGCAGACACCUAGACUCAGUGCUGCAGCAACUCCAGACUGAGAUCUUUCGAGGGUCUCAAACCCUCUAUGUGCCUAACUGUGACCACCGAGGCUUCUACCGGAAGCGGCAGUGUCGCUCCUCACAGAGGCAGCGCCGAGGUCCCUGCUGGUGUGUGGAUCGAAUGGGCCAGCCCCUGCCAGGCUCUGCAGAAGGCAACGGAAGCGCACACUGCCCCGGAAGCAGCGGCUGAAGUGGGGUGGGGCUGCAGGGCCACCAACAGGAGCAUGCGGCUAUUCUCUGGGGCUACAGGUUGGGUGAUGAGUAACUUGGGGGCUCUGGGCCUCAGGAAUACCUUCAGGCUCUGUCCCAUUGUCCCCCUAACUCCUGGCCCCUUACACAUCUAGUUGGAAAGAUUGCUGGUGUCAGCUCGAAGUGUUAAUAAAGCUGUGUUGGGGUCUCUGGU